UGUUACUGCUUCCGAGGUCACAUUACCGAGCGGCGUCUUUAGGGCGCGGAACCGGCGCGUGCCUGCAGGACCUGACGCGGCGACUAGCACCCCAACGCCGGAGCAAAUGACUCCCCUCUGCCCUCUCCCCGCGCUUGGCUGUUUCCUUCCGCCUCUGCUCCGCCCAGUGCCUAGGGUCGCGUGCAGCGCCCGGCCGAGAGCCCAGGCCGCGGGCUUCUCCCGGCCAGGCCCGCCCCUCCACCCCGCCCCGCCAGGAGUCGGGCUGCUCCGGCCGCUGUCCAGCGCUCGCUGCCUGGGCCGAGGCCCCCGCGGCGCCAACACCCCCGCCGUCUCCCCCAGCAAGCGGGCCCGGGCUGCGCUGGAGGGCGGCAUGCGGCUCCGCUUUGCCCGGCUCUCCGAGAACGCCACCGCCCCCUCCAAGGGGUCCGCGCGCGCCGCGGGCUAUGACCUGUACAGUGCCUAUGAUUAUUCAGUACCACCGAUGGAGAAAGCCCUUGUGAAGACCGACAUUCAGGUCGCUCUUCCUUACGGGUGCUAUGGGAGAGUAGCUCCACGUUCUGGUUUGGCUGCAAAACACUUCAUAGAUGUAGGAGCUGGUGUCAUAGAUGAAGAUUAUAGAGGAAAUGUUGGUGUUGUACUAUUUAAUUUUGGCAAAGAGAAGUUUCAAGUCAAAAAGGGUGAUAGAAUUGCACAGCUCAUUUGUGAACGGAUUUUUUAUCCUGAAAUAGAGGAAGUUCAAGUUUUGGAUGACACUGAACGGGGUUCAGGAGGGUUUGGUUCCACUGGAAAGAAUUAAAAUUUAAGCCAAGAAUAGAAUGUGAGAAUAUACCUCUUUUCUUAGAAAUAAAGAGUCUUUGUUUAAGUGUU